CCGGUGUGAAGUGAUCAUGUACAGACUGAGGUGAUUAUCCCACCAGGAAAUGUCAGUAAGUUAGUGGUGUUAGAGCUUUAAGCUCUUUUCUCAGACGAUCGUUCAAUCAAUUGCAUAGAAUUCAGUUAUGAGUGAAGACGUUAUAUUUUUAACACCUCUCCCUUGAUUAAUUUGUGCUUUUUUAGUUGUGCCCUUGCAUAGCGAAAAAUUUUAAAAAUUAGUGAAAGAAGUCAUGGGUCUUGCUUUAAUUUUAUUAGGAUUGUCGAUAGUGACAGCAACCAUUUACGUUUAUGUGAAAAAAAGAAGGAUUCUUAAGAUGAUCGGACAUCUUGAUCAUUUUCCUCAGUGGCCAAUAAUCGGAGGAGUACAUUCUUUUGCUGGAAAAGACGUUGCUGGAAUAACCGCCACAAUAGAUUAUUUGCUCAAGAAUGUAAAAUUACCAGCAUAUACUUGGGUUGGACCUCUGAAACUUAUAAUGGUGAUAGAUAAUCCCGAGGAUCUUGAGAUUCUUCUUUCGGAUCCAGCUGCCCUGUAUAAGCCAUACGUUUACAAGUUCUUCAAAAAUGAUCGAGGAUUAGUAACAUCUGCUCCUCAUAUUUGGAAACCACAUAGAAAAAUUCUUAGUCCAUCAUUUUCGAUAAACGUAAUGAAACACCUAAUUCCAAUGUUUAAAACGAAGAUCGAUAAGAUGAUAUACAAUCUUAAGCAACUUGACGAAGGUGUUGACGUUAAUUUACUGGAUUACCUGUAUAUGUGCACCUUGGACAUGAUCUCAACGUCGGCGACUGAUGUGGAUAUUGACCUCCAAGAUGGGAAAAAUCGUGAGUAUGUCGAUGCUGUCAUUGCAGGAGCCGAUCUCGUGGCAAAACGCAUUAUCACUGUCCCCUAUCACAUCGAGUGGAUUUACAGAUUUUCAAGUCUCUAUGAAGUCGAAAAGAAAUCUCUGAGGGCGGUCAAUGGUUUUCUGGAUAGAAUCAUCAAACUUAAGAAAACUAUGUUUGAUGAAGUAGCUGAUGCUGAAGAGGAGCGUCGAGAGGAAUUGGCUAAACUCAAUAAUGAGGAAAUUGAGACAAAACCGAAGAUCGUUAUAAAUCAGUUAUUCCGUUUCUGGACACGUGGUCAGUUGGAUUUUAAGGAUGUUCGGGAUGAACUUGAUGUGAUGAUCUAUACGGGAUCUGAUACGUCUACACAUUUGUCCUCUUAUACCCUCCUUAUGCUGGCAAUGCAUCCGGAAGUGCAGCAGAAAGUUGUGGAAGAAUUGCAAAGUGUAUUUGUGGAUGAAUCUGUUCCAUUUGAUUAUGACAGUGUUAAGCAACUUACGUACUUAGAAAUGGUUAUCAAGGAAACUCUUCGCCUAUAUCCUGUUAUUCCUUACAUUGCUCGAGAAGUCAAAGCUGACAUUAAACUGAAAAAUUUCACCGUUCCAUCAGGAACAAUGAUUGGAGUUCCAUUUAUCCGGAUGAACAGGGAUCCUGUGGCUUUUGGACCCAAUCCAGAACUUUUCAAUCCAGAUAAUUUCCUGCCGGAAAGAGUGGCCAAGAGGCAUCCUUAUCAGUACAUGCCGUUUUCCUGUGGCCCUAGAAAUUGCAUAGGAAUGAUUUAUGGACUCUUCUCUGUUCGAACUAUUGUGGCAAUGAUGAUGAUGAACUUCAAAAUUAGCACACGCAUGAAGUUUCAGGAUAUCAAAGUUGUUUACAACAUUACACUGCGAAUCACAAAUGAGAAUCUCGUUAAUCUUGCACCACGUCAUGAUUUCUGUUCUAAAUGUGGAAUGGCUUUCUUUAUUGCUUUUGCGACUCUGCUAGCAAUAGCUACGGUAGUGCUUCUGAUCUAUAUACAAGUGCGAAAGAAGAGGCUCCUGAAAUUAAUUGGUGCAGAGUUGGAUCACUUUCCCGAAUUGCCUCUUAUCGGAGCGGCUUUUUCAUUCUUGGGCAAAGACUGUGCAGGUGUUACAGAAACAGUUGAUCGUCUUCUGAAUAGUGUUAAGCUCCCUGUUUACACAUGGAUUGGUCCUUUUCAGCUCUUCAUCAUUAUCGACAAUCCUGAAGAUUUGGAAAUAUUGCUUUCAGACCCAAAUGCUCUAGGAAAACCUUACAUUUACAAAUUCUUCAAGAAAGAUCGUGGAUUAGUUGCAGCAGAUGCAAAUAUUUGGAAAGUUCAUCGUAAAAUCCUUAGUCCCUCCUUCAGUAUCAACAUGAUAAAGACUUUAAUACCAACAUUUCACAGCAAAGUUGAGAAAAUGAUUAAUAAACUGAAGAUGGAGAAGGAAGGUGACGACAUCAAUUUACUUGAGCACUUUUACAUUUGUGCCGUCGAUAUGAUCUCGGCUGCAACGACGGAGGUUGACAUUGACAUUGAUGAUGAGAAAAAUCGCGAGUAUGUACGUGCAGUGAUAGCUGGUGCUGAUCUUAUUGCUUAUCGUAUGAUCCAGGCACAAUAUCACAUCGAAUGGAUCUAUAGAUGGUCAAAACUCUAUAAGAUUGAGCAGACUGCUUUUGGCAUAGCGGAUGAAUUUCUCGCAAGGAUCAUCAAAAUGAAGAAGGAUUUAUUUGAUCCCGAUGCUGAUGCUGAAGAAGAAAAGCGCGAAGAAUUGGCCAAACUUCAGAAUAAGGAGUUUGAACAAAAACCCAAAACCGUGAUCAAUCAACUUUUCCGAUUUUGGGCUAAAGGAACAAUUGGAUAUAAGGAUGUUCGGGAUGAACUUGAUGUAAUGCUAUAUACAGGAUCAGAUACAUCAACCCAUUUGGCUUCCUAUACCAUCCUAAUGCUGGCAAUGCAUCAGGAUGUUCAACAAAAAGUUGUGAACGAACUGAGAAGUGUUUUUGUUGAUAAAUCAGUUCCUGUUGAUUACGACAGCAUGAAACAACUUACGUACUUAGAGAUGGUUAUCAAAGAGACUUUGAGACUCUACCCUGUGAUUCCUUAUAUUGGACGAAAGACUACACAGGACAUAAAGUUGAAGAAUCUGACAGUACCUGCAGGAACAAUGAUAGGCAUUCCCAUAAUGAGAAACAACAGAGAUCCUGUGGCUUUCGGACCUAAUCCUAAUCUUUUCGAUCCAGAUAACUUUCUGCCGGAAAAGGUGGCAAAGAGGCACCCUUACCAGUACAUGCCAUUUUCUUGUGGUCCUCGAAAUUGCAUAGGAAUGAUCUACGGACUCUAUUCAGUUCGUACCAUCGUGGCAAUGAUGCUUAUGAACUUUAGAGUUUCCACAUCACUCCGAUUUGAAGAUAUAAAAUUAGUUUACAACAUUGCCCUAAGAAUAACCAAUGAAAAUCUUGUAAAGCUCGAACACAGGCAUGACUUUUGGCUAGAAAAUUAAACUAAAAGCUUCUAGAAUAUUCCAGAAAAAUUAAGCUGUGCAAAUGCAUGGAUGCUGAUUUAGGUGUGUGAAAAGCACAUAAAAGAAGUACAGUAGAAAGUCCAAAGAGCUAAAUUUGCCACAACGGCAAAAUAUUUAUUUUUCCUGAUCGUUAAAUAGGUGGAUUGCACAACAUUUUCCAAUUUUACAACAUGGUCCAAAAAUAAACAAGUGUUUUCCUCACAGAA